CCUUUGUUGCGGGAAAGAAAAGGACCCAGAAAUCAGAAUAGAAGGAUAGAGUAAUAUGAAAGCAGACGAAAAGAGACAACAAACCAAACCUCAUCCACCGUGGAGACUCAGUCGACCCUACAAUCACCAAAUCCUAACCGUCCAAUUUCCACACCAUUGAUCCUAUCGGCACCAUUAAAAUAAACCUCUGCGUUAAGCGACAACUACACUAUUUACAAGAACAACAACAAACAAUAUAUCAGAAGAAAACGAAGCGAAUCUCUCUCUUUCUAUCCUUCCUUCAAGUUUUAUCUCUUUGUAUCGUAUUCUGUGAUUUCAGUUUUUUGAAGUUAUAAACAACAAGAAGAUUGGUGAAGUUGAUUGAUUGCUGAGUUUGUAAACAGCGGAGAAAUGGAAGAAGGUAAGAAGGAGGUGCAGAGUAUUCUCGUUAAUGGCUUCUCUCCGGUGACUUCUACGCCUGUUUUCUGGAAAUCUCGCAAGAGAGCAGCUAGUAUGAAGAAUUUGUACAAGGACAAUAUUAAAGACUCAACUGAAGAUAAAGAUAAAACAAACGAGAACAAUAACGAUAAUAAUAACAAUAACAAUAACGAUGAUUCCACUGAUGAGAAAAUGGAGGAAACAAGUAUACUUUCAGAGAAACGUAAGGCUCUCUUUGAACCUCUUGAACCAAUAAUGGAUUUGAAUGGCAGAAGACCUUCAGCUGAAUCUUUACUUCCCCCACCCGACUUUGACUCUGCCAGUUACCCUCGCGGAUGGCUCAUUGGGAAGAAACGAAAGCUUGUAAACGUUGACGUUGUUGAAAGCAUGCGCAGGAUUGCCGUACAAGAAAUGAACAGAAAGGAUAGAGAGAUUGAUGGGCUAAACGAGCAGUUAGAAGAGGAUUCGCGUGUGCUUGAACAUCUUCAGUUGCAGUUGCUAGAUGAACGAAGCAAGCGUAGUGAUGUUGAGAGACAAAAUGCAAUGUUGCAGAAUCAGGUUGAUAUGCUUAUGAAUAUGCUUCAAGAACAUGAGAACUUGGAAGAUGAUGAAAUCCCACAAGAUCCUUAGUUUAGUUUACUUUUCUUUUUUUGUUAUGAUGAUAUUAUUUCAUUUGGCAUUGUUUGUGAG